CCGACAUGUCGUCCAUGUAGCACCGUCCUUGCGCCGGGAAAUUUCUUAAUUACGCGGCAUGCUUCUGAAUCCGGCCCUCCGCACUCAACGCUCGACACGGCCAUUUUCUCAUCCACUGCGGCGGAGUAUAUUCGUCUCGGAAGGAAGUUGGCUUCUAUCUGACCACGUUUCAGGCGUCGGAACCGUCGACAUUUGUGCUGGCACCGCCACAUCAAAACAAGAGUUCGGCGGUGGAUAACUGCACUAACUUGUGAGAAUAGCUUUUGGGACUUUAACAGAAACAGAGUAAGAUUGUAGACACAAAAGAUUUCUAUGUAGGGUUUUCUUAAGGCUAGUUUCGUCAAGAACUCAUCGCUUUUUAUGAAUCUUCCUAAGCUCCACCCGUCGAAGAGAGCUAAUCAAGUAGAAUUUUCAUUGGCAUUUUUGUCAACUUUCAAUUUUGUGGAAAAUCGCAGUUCUUUGGCCAUUGUCGCUUUCGCAUCUGCUCUGUUUCUGAAAACCUGUUUAUCACUCAUGAAAAGAGUGAAUCGUGAAGUAAAUCGAAUAUUAGGACCUGUGAAAUUGGCGAAUGAAUUUAUGCUGAAAAAAAAGCAUUGAAUUGGUUGUUUAGUUCGUUGUUUUCGCGCCAUAUUUUAUCUCCGUGUCGAAGUUCAAUCUCCACAUGCUUCCAAGUCCAUGGUUUGCCGUUUUAAGGACUGAGAUUGCCUCGGCGUAAUUCUAGAUGGGGAUUAUCAAGCCCUUGCCAAAGUCUGUUCGUAGUUCUGUGCGUGCUGGCGUUAUACUCUAUGAUGCCACGAAGGUUGUGGAAGAGCUUGUUUAUAAUAGCUUGGAUGCUGGUGCGUCAAAGAUUUCAAUUUUCAUUGGCAUUGGGACAUCCUAUGUGAAAGUAGUGGACAAUGGAUCUGGUAUUACUCGGGAUGGGUUAGCCUUGCUAGGAGAAAGAUAUGCAACUUCGAAAUUCCAUGAUCUCAUAGACAUGGAUACCAAAGGCAAAACAUUUGGCUUUCGAGGAGAGGCAUUGGCUUCCAUUUCAGAUGUAUCGUUGUUGGAGAUCAUAACCAAAGCAUGUGGGAGGGCAAAUGGAUAUCGUAAAGUCAUAAAGGGUUGCAAGUGCUUGUACCUUGGAAUUGAUGAUGAUAUGGAAGAUAUUGGUACUACAGUUAUUGUUCGAGAUCUAUUUUACAACCAACCAGUUCGAAGGAAGCAUAUGCAAUUCAGCCCCAAGAAGGUCUUGCAAGCAGUCAAGAAAUGUGUAGUCCGUAUUGCCCUUGUGCAUUCUAAAGUUUCCUUCAAAAUUGUAGAUAGUGAAAGUGAGAGCAUCCUUCUUUACACGAAUCCCUCUCCUUCUCCUUUAUCACUUUUGAGAAGUGGCUUUGGCAGCGAGGUUUCCAGGUCUCUCCAUGAACUAAAAAUCGGUGAUGGGGGCUUAAAGCUUUCUGGUUAUAUAUGCAGUCCGUUUGAUACGUUUACUAUCAAGGCUGUUCAAUAUGUCUAUAUUAACAGACGAUUCAUUUGCAAGGGCCAAAUUCAUAAAUUACUUAAUCAACUGGCCAGUAGAUUUGUAAGCCUGAGUCCGCAGACUGACCAAGCCUGUCACAGCAGGAAGAGAAGCAGGUUUCAAGCAAAUCCUGCUUAUAUUUUAAAUUUAGAUUGCCCUGGAUCUUUCUAUGACCUAACAUUUGAAUCAUCCAAGACCUUUGUUCAGUUUAAGGACUGGACUUCAAUACUUACCUUCAUUGAAGAGACCAUUCAACAAUUUUGGAAAGAAAAAUAUAGUAGUGGAAAAUCUUUGGUCCAUACAACCUCCAUAGUUGGAGGAGAUCAGCUGUGGAAGGAUGAAGAUAACAUGAUAUCAACAAAUUCAGAUUUUCGUGAGGAUGUUAUACGUUUCCCUCCAGAGAGUAUUCGAUCUCUGAAGAAGAGCAGAAUGCGAAGCCCUCGGGCCUCCCUUAUUGAUUUGUUUUCUCCGUCAGCAAUGCUUACAAAAGAUGAUGACAUCUUGUCCAAUAGUUUGCAUGAAAAGAAGGCAUGUGAGAAUUCACACACAAGUUCAAGCGAAUUGAAUGACGUUCACCGACAAGCUAGGAUGCAAUUUGGUAACCAAGCUGCCGAUCAUUUCUCAGGAUUAUGGGGUACUCCCUUGGCAAAAUGCUCAACUACAGCUGUCCAAAAAGGUGACAGGCACCCAUGGGUACCUGAUAACAUUUUUGUAUCUGAAGACUCCUUUCUGGAUAGAAGGCUGGCUUCUCCCAAGAGGUGUGAUGACAUUGUUGAGGACAAUAUCUUCAGUUCAGACUUGAAAGGUCAAUCUUCUAAAGUGUAUAUCGAUAUGAUCAAUGGGUCUGCUGAAAGUACACCAUCUUCUUACUUUCAUGAAUUUAGUUAUGAUGACAAUAUCUUCACGGGUAACAAACCCUCCCUUCGGGGAUGCACCUCAGGAAGCAGUUUUCAACUUGAGAGUACUUCCAUUCUUGGUGACAAACUGUUCAUUCAAAAUGAUGUCAUCAAAAGAAUCCAAAAGCAGGGAAUCCCUGAUGAUGAAGUUGAUGUUCUAAAGCUUGACGGUUACAUCCAGGGUUCUGAUUUUUAUGCCGGAGACUCAUUUCAUGCUGAGUUUACUGAAGAAAAUAUGUACUCAUGUCAUUUGGACAAGCACGUGCAGAAGUUUUUCUCAAGUUAUCAGACUAGAAAUUCCCCAGAUGUUCACGUGACCCCAAAUCCCAGAUUAGCUUCAGAAUGGGAUGUUGAUUGCUUCAGUGUUAGGGAUGGGGUUGAAAGGAACUGGAGAUCUAGAGAUAGGACUCCCUUCAGGGAUUUGGUGGAUGGUGAGGAUAAGGGCUGCGGAUUUGAUUCUGAUAUCAUGUUGAGAAGUUCCAAAAAGAAUUACAUACCAAGCUGUAUAGAUAGUGAACUGAUAAUUGAUGAUGUUCUUGAUACAAGAGAAGACCUUAGUACUUCCCUUGAAAAAUCUAAUAAUUUUGAUCAUUCUUCUCCUGUGAGUCCUAAUAUGCACUCCUGUCAGAAGGGCUGCGGAUUUGAUUCUGAUAUCAUGUUGAGAAGUUCCAAAAAGAAUUACAUACCAAGCUGUAUAGAUAGUGAACUGAUAAUUGAUGAUGUUCUUGAUACAAGAGAAGACCUUAGUACUUCCCUUGAAAAAUCUAAUAAUUUUGAUCAUUCUUCUCCUGUGAGUCCUAAUAUGCACUCCUGUCAGAAGGGCUGCGGAUUUGAUUCUGAUAUCAUGUUGAGAAGUUCCAAAAAGAAUUACAUACCAAGCUGUAUAGAUAGUGAACUGAUAAUUGAUGAUGUUCUUGAUACAAGAGAAGACCUUAGUACUUCCCUUGAAAAAUCUAAUAAUUUUGAUCAUUCUUCUCCUGUGAGUCCUAAUAUGCACUCCUGUCAGAAGUAUCUUUUCAAUUGGAGAUUACCUGGAAGAGAUUGGGAAAAGGCUUAUGGAAGCUCAGAGCUUAAGUUUGGACAUCAAGCUUUUAAACAGAGGUACGUUUCUGUUGAAAGGCCUAGAAGAUGCAAAUCAGCUCCACCUUCUUACAAAAGAAAAACUAGUUUCUAUUGCCUGUACCAAAGAAAGGAAGAAAAGCAUAAUGCCGCCGGUUUCUAUGGCCUUGACCAAAGAAAAACUGAUAAGUUUAAUGCCACAAAUUUCUAUUGCAUGGACCAAGGGAAAGAAGAAAAGCUUAGGGCAUCGGCCUUCCUUGACAGCCCACCUCAUUUAGAACUAGGUGAGCUGAGAGAUUCCAAACAUUUCUCUAGUACUAAUAAUCUUUAUAUUAAGCCAAGUCCUCUUGAUGACUUAUCGAUGGGAACUAGAAUAGAUAUGACAAAGACGCCUGCUAUUACGGGAAAUAAUAAAGAGAAACAAGAAGGAAAAAUUUCCAAGCAGUUCCAAUCCGAUGUUAAAGUUACUGCAUCUGCUUUAGAAUUAUGCUCAAAGGAAACUCAAGAGUCAGAUUUAUGGAUCAAAUGGAAAAAUUGCUGUCCGACUACAAGAAAUGAUGGGCCACGUGCUUUUGAAGAUGAAGUUAGUAUACUUGAUAUCUCUUCAGGGUUCCUAUCUCUUGCCAGAAAUUCCUUAGUUCCCAAAUCCAUCGAUAAGAAUUUCCUUGAAGAUGCCAAAGUUCUUCUACAGCUUGAUAAGAAAUUCAUUCCAGUUGUUUCUGGUGGAAUACUGGCUGUUAUUGAUCAGCAUGCUGCAGAUGAAAGAAUCCGACUUGAAGAUCUUCGUCAAAAGUUGUUGUCUGGUGAAGCAAAGACAAUAGCCUAUCUGGAGGAUGAACAUGAACUGGUGCUGCCUGAAAUUGGGUACCAGUUGUUGUACAACUAUAGUGAUCAGGUGAAAGAGUGGGGUUGGAUCUGUAAUAUUCAUGCUCAAGAUUCAAAAUCCUUCCAAAGGAAUUUGAAUAUCCUAUACAAGCAGGAAACGGUCAUCACGCUAAUGGCAGUACCUUGCAUACUAGGUGUUAAUUUAUCUGAUGCAGAUCUGCUGGAGUUUCUUGAUCAGCUUGCUGAUACAGAUGGCUCAUCAACAAUGCCGCCAUCCGUGCUUCGAGUUCUUAAUUCAAAGGCCUGCAGAGGUGCAAUUAUGUUUGGAGACUCUUUGUUACCUUCAGAGUGUUCCCUUAUUGUUGAAGAACUGAAGCAGACUUCUCUGUGUUUCCAAUGCGCCCAUGGUCGACCAACUACAGUACCUCUCGUGAACUUGGAGGCAUUGCACAAGCAGAUAAGGGAGAUGGAAAUAUUAGAUAAAAAUGGUUCGAAUGGAACGUGGCACGGGCUGCGGCGACAUGAGCUGAGCAUUGAACGGAUGUUGCAGCAAGUAGGUUCGGCCUGAUGGUAAAUGCUGCCGUUCCAUCAAGGAGAAUAGUUGAGAGGGUGCCCCGGUAAUACCAGUCUGCAGAAGUGAAUGGAUUGAGUAGCAUUCUUAGAUCAUGUAUACAACCAGUCUACGAUGAUUUGUGAAAAAGAGCAAUGUUUCUGUAGUUUAGUUUUCCUUGGAAUUUCGGUUGCAACUCUUCUUAUAAACAGUUGUCUGCCCUCUAGCUGCAUAAAUCCUUGUGCAUUUUGCCUGUCAUGGUGCUCAAUGUGUGUGAAUAAAACUAAAUGACUUCUUUUAAGUUGA